AGAAUCUAGGAGCGUUCCAUUAUUUUAUUUGUGAAUGGGUUUUUUGGGGGGGAGAAUAGCAUUUUGUAACGUCGCAAUGAACUGCACCAUGGAUUUCAAUCAGAAUUCUUAAAGGGUAGCCCAUAGUGGCAAUUUAAUCGGUGAACAAAUAGAAACGCUGUGCAUGUAAACAAGAGCCAGCAAUCUUCUAAGAUCCGCCCAUUUCGAUAUUCUAUCUUUCAGUAUUUCUCGACACAUCUGGAAAAAGUGUAUUAAUUUGGCCAUUCUUCCAGGAAGACGGCAAUGUCAUCAUCAACAUCCCGGCGUGGUUUUGUUGUUGUCUGAUUUUACUACUGGAUAUUGGCGCUUACCCCUGCGCCAAGCCAUACCUCCGUUGUUUUACAAGGUGAUUGAAGUGUGGCUUGCAGUGACAUCCAUCCCCUUCUCCCUAUUGGCCUUCUAUACCAUGAGCUCUGGCUCCGCCCAGGAUGUGGCGGUGGAGCAUUUCUUGCGUGACAUAGAGAGGCGGGGCAAGCGGCUACAUUGUGCUGUGAUUGGUUGUGAGGAGCAGCGUCCCCGCGGCGACAUGAACCUGCUGUAUCGUAAGAGCCGGCUGGACUGGAGGCACAAGGACCAGGAUGGCAAUAAGAAGAGCUCCAGCCAGAAGGACUCCUCCUCAGCCACGGUGGGCAAGGUCCGUGACUUGGCAUCCUUCCGGCGCCACUUCCGCAUGGGCUUCAUGACCAUGCCUGCCUCCCAGGACCUGUCCCCUCACUCCUGUGCCUCCGCCAUGGCUCCCCGCUCCCAGUCCUGCCACGCCGUGGGUGCUGGAGACACAGGUCUGGAGAAUGGGGAAGAUUACUCUGACACCCAGUCACAGCACGGCGGGCGCUGCCCCCCUGCUAAACCCAAACGCCAUCCCAGCACCCGUCUCAGCUCCUCCUCGGAUCCCAGAGCACCUCACGCCCCACCGGACGCCCCUCCGCCACCCCCUCCCACUCACCCGCAGGCCAAACACUCAGAGAAGAAGAACGCCAUGAAGAAGUCUGACUCAGGGGACAUGUCCAAAAAGGUGCCGCCUUUGAAACCCAAACGAAGCCCCAGUACUCAGCUCUCGUUUGAGCCCCCAACUCCCUGUGUGCCCCCUCUUACCACGCCCAUCCAGGGGGGUGAGGGUCAGCCUCAGGGGGACGAUGAGCCCGUCUACAUAGAGAUGGUGGGCCAAGUGUUCACCAGGGAGAGCCAGACUGCCACCCCUCACCCUGUCACGCCCGUAGCCACCACGCCUGAUUCAGACUCAGACCAGAGUGAGGCCAUCUAUGAGGAGAUGAAGUACCCACUGCCAGAGGACAGAGAGGGACACAAACGCCUCCCUCUCAAACACGAGAGACUCAAAUCCUCCAAACACCACCACUCCUCCUCUGGCACGUCCGCCCAUCUACCUCGCCCCUCCUCCUCCCCCUCCUGCUCCAAACCUAAAGCCACAGUGUCCAUCUCCCACUCCUCGCCCCUCCCCUCCUCCACCUCCUCCACCCCUGUCCCCCAGCCCCUCUCCUCCAGCCCGCACCCCCCCACGAGCCCCUACGCCCUACCUCCUCCAGGGAAACAAAUCAGAGACAGAGUCCAACAUGGGGUCGGGGUCCAACACAAGGCUGCUUCUGCCAAACUGGGGACCAUCAGCAUUCAGACCUCCUCCAGCUCUAAGGAGUCUAAGGACAGAGACAGAGACAGCCAGCUCGGCCCUGCACCAGGGCUAAGGGCCAGGAGCCACUCCACACCCCUGCCCCCUUCCUCUAAGUCCACAUCCCCCUAUUCCCACCACCACCACCACCAUCCCCACCCUCACCACCGCCCCUCACACUACCACCACUACCGCAAGCCAGAAAGAGGAGACUCGCCCAACCCCAACACCAACAACAAGAAUGGUUCGGAGACCUUCUCCAAGUCCAUUGCCCAGACCCAGACCCAGGGCUCGGACCAGUGCCAGUUCAGCCACAACCUCGUCCUCCUCCUCUUCCUCCCACUCUCGCCCCCACUCUCGCUCCCAACUCCACCGCUACCACACCCCCCCACGGCCUACCCGCCUACAAGCCCCCCUCCUCAGACAGCCCCCUGCUCUGGACCUACCCCUCGGUGGGCUUCCGGAGACCCCCGGCGUACGACAGCCUGCGAGGAGGGUCUCAUCUGCCCUCCUUGCACCACCAGGGUCACGGUGAUGUGGCCUCUAAAAGCAGCACGGUGCCUGGGCCCGUCCAGGGGGAAGGCUGGGUUCAUGCCCUGGGACAGCAGUGGCUUUGGAGACGACGGGUCUUACUUGCCCAUGCAGAGGAAACUGUCCUUCAGCCAAGGCAGCAGAGAGACAGAGAGAGAGAAGGAUGAAGGGCGGGCGUGGAAUGGCAGUGCCGAUGCCCUCCUGAGGAUAGACAAGGAGGACCUGGGCCCUGGACGUCGAGGAGGAGGAGGCCAUUCUGGGAUCCCAGUACGCUUCACUGGAGGGAGGGGGCUGGGCCACAGUGAGUCCCUGGCUGGGAUGGAGGGGGGGUCCUUGGGGUUCCGAGCCCUGCCUAGAGGGGGUCUCCCCCUCCCGUGCCAAACCUUUCCAGCUUGCCGCAAUGGAGAACUGGGUCGAUUGAGCCGCUCAUCAUCCACCUCUGGGGUGAGACAGGUGGGUGGAAGCGACGUUCAGCGGCAGAGCGGCCUGCCCCAUCGAGAGGUACUGAAUCAGUUGCAUGGGCUGUCCCAAUCCUCCCAAACGCCCUGCAGUCCUAUCCUGUCCAGACAGCAGCAGCAGCUCCAGCUCCAUCAGCAGCAGCUGCAGUUACAGCAACAGCUCCAGCAGCUGCAGCAGCAGCACCACCUCCAGCUGCAGUUCCAACACCUGGCCCAGCUGGCCCAGGGACAGCCUCCCACCACCGGGGGCGCUGCCACGUCCGCAGCCCAAACCCAGAGGGAUGGCAAGCUGCUGGAGGUCAUUGAGAGGAAGCGCUGCCUAUGCAAAGAGAUCAAGGCCCACCGCCGCCCAGAAAAGAACCUGUGUAAGCAGGACAGCAUGCCCAUCCUGCCCAGCUGGAGACGGACCCCUGAGCCCCGGAAGACGGGCACGCCCCCCUGUCAGAGGCCCCAGGCCGUGGUGUGGGACACAGCCAUCUGAGUGGAGGGUUGUUGGGGCUGCGGAGGUACAGUAGAAAAACAGGGGCAAGUAAAUAAUUACUAUUUGGUACGAUUGUGGUGAGAAUCAAGAAGUUUACACAUGGAGAGAGAUGGUGACAAUCCCUUUAUUCAAAGGGAAAGAGGAUGGAGGACUAUUUCCUCUCUUAGGAGUGACAGUGUGAUUACCACCGACCUCCACAGAAGGGUGAAAAUAUACAUGAGAGUAAGAUGAGAGUUUUGUGCUCUCACAUAGUAAAAUAAACUUUAUUUGGAGCUGAUACAAGGUGUACCACGUUAAUGAGAUCUUUUGAGGUGUGUGGAGUUGAGGGAUAUACCAAUCCAAUUUGAAACCAAGAAGAGAUAUAUGUUCAAUCUUUCAGUACAGUGUGAUUUCUUACACUUUAGUUUUAGUAUUGUACAAGCCCUUCCUUGACUCUUUAUUCAUUUCUUAAACGCCAGUCAACUCUGACUUUGUUGAAUCAAAAAAAGGGGAGAAUUGAACCUAUAAGAGCAAUGCUGGUUUAAAUAAUUAGGCUUAAUUUCCCCUAAUUUAACUGCAGUUUACAUUAAUUUUCUCUCCCUCCACUGUCACAAAUGGCUGUUGGUAGGGAGAGUUUGAAUGAGACUUCAGGUUGAUCCUCAGCAAGACACAUCUUAUACAAACUUAUGUUCAAGCACACGGACACAGACACUUUAAACACACAUACACACACACAGUAUUGUACAGCUAACCUUGUGGGGACAAACAAUUUAGUCACGUUCAAAAUCCUAUUUUCCCUAACUCCUAACCCUAAUCUUACCCUUACUCUAACUCUAACCCCAACCCUAACUCCUAACCAAAACCCUCAAAUUAACACAAGCUCCUAACCUUAAUCCUUAACAUAAUUCUACCCUAACACGAAUUCUAACCUUAACCCUAAACCCCCUAGAUAUAGCAUUUGACCUCAUGGGGACUAACAAAAUGUCCCCAGUUGGUCAAAUUUUCCAUAUUCUUGUGGGGACUUCUGGUCCAA